GCACCAGGUUAGUGCACUUCGACGUCGUGAAUCGUACACACUAUUCGCCAGAUAUAUACCCAUAUCUCUAUCAAUCUAGUUAGCACUGAGACAUACGCGGUCGUCAUCUGGUUCCUCUCGCGAGCCAUCAGUUUUAGUGAUCGUUUGUUUUUCGAGUUUCGGAAAGUGUUUAUCGCAUCGCGGUCUAUCCUGCAACAGCUAUCAGCAGGAAUAUUUUGUGUGAAAGUAUUUCGAUUGUUGCUUUUUUGGAGCGCGGGUGCCGUUAAUCGAUUGCUUCUGUCGUUGCACAAUUUGUUCUUUUCAGUUAGUUCAAAGGAAUUUCUUAGUUUCUACGUUGGAUUUUGUUACCGAGCUGUUCGUCGACGACAUCACAAAAACAAUUGCAAGCGCGUCCAUCCGUAGCAACCUUGAUCCAAAAAUUGAAAUGGGUCACUGCCUCUCACUUGCGACGAAUAUUACAACGUAAAUGUGAAUCUUCAAAGUUCUCGGAGUGUGAAGAAAAAUAAAAGAUAAAAAGAAGUAUUCAAGUUGGACUGAAGAAUACAGUGCGAACGAAAAAAUGAUGAGCCAAGAAGUGCUCCAGGUUGUCCACGAAAAGGACCCCUGGGUCGAAGAAACCACCAUCAGCCUUCGCGAACACGAUAACUCCUGGCCCAAUAUCGACGAGGAUGUCCCUUCCAUUUUGGACAAAAAGGGCCGAAGGAAGUCUUGGCAUGCCAUCAAGUUUGAGAGGAAACGGAGAAAGGGUGUCAUCGAUGGAUCACCCGACGGUUCCCCAGUCGAAAUCAGACAGAAAAGACCAUCGUGGUGGAACAUUUUUACGAAUCAGCCGUGGCCUAGGUCCCGAAGGGCAUCACAGGAUGUUGGAAGGGUCACUCAUAAGGAAGGUUUUCCUGGAAUGCGGAGCAAAAGCAGAAGCGUAGACCACGGCAUUACAUCCCCAUUUGAUUUGGACGCCUUACGAGCAAAAGUCGAUAGCCAGUUUGAUAGAAGUCUUGAUAGAGAUCUAGAUGGUUCUACAAAUAGUUUAUCGGAAAAGAGGAAAGCUGGUCCACCGGAAAAUACGACUGUUUACACGGUGGCAGACAGAGACACGCUAACAUCAGUAGCAGCCCGAUUUGAUACCACUCCUUCUGAAUUAACGAAAUUAAAUCGUCUAGCAACUCCGUACAUUUUUCCAGGCCAACAGCUGUACGUGCCCAACAGGGAACAAGCAGAAAACGAUUCCGAAGGUUCUACUCCCGUAGAAGACUCUCAUGAUGAUUUGCCACCGGCGGAAAAAGAAUUGUUGGAGAACUUGAGGCCAGUCAGUCCAAAGCCUGGCCAUGUGGAGAGAGUGCGCACUCCAUCAUGCCCCCAAGGAGGCAGCAGCAGUGAAUACGAAGACUCGGAAUCCGCGGUCUUCCGCGAGCGAUUCCUCAAGAUCAACGUGCGCCACAUCACGGAUGGCCAAGGCGUCGUUAGCGGAGUGCUCCUGGUCACUCCCAACGCCGUCAUGUUCGACCCUAACGUGAUAGAUCCCUUGGUCAUCGAACACGGACCUGAAGCUUAUGGUGUGAUCGCGCCCAUGGAGUUUGUCGUUAACGCCGCUAUCUACAAUGACAUCGCGCACAUGAGGGUUGGACAUUGCGAGAGUAAUUUGUCGGAGAAACAAGAAAUUUAUUAUCCGAAAUCUGAAAAGGAAGAAGAGCAAGAUUCGUUGAUGGUUAAAGAUGAAACGUUCCCUGAACUUGUCACAGGCGAUGAUGCUGAGUCUGUGUGUUCCUGUACCGAAAGAGAAGGUGACGCGUUCCCAAAAGCAUUUGAAAGGGAAUUGGUUACGCCGACUAAUUUAGAAGAUCCAGAAGGUCAGCAUAAAUCUUUAGAAGAAAGAAGAAAAUCUCUGCUGGACCAUCAUUGGGCGAUACCGUCCAGGGAUAGACAGUCUAUAGAUACAGAUGAAAUGCCAGCUAUAACUCCAACUGGCGCCCCCGACGAUCACAUUCAAGACGAAGAUGAUAGCUUAAACAAAGAGAGUUGUCACGAUUCCGGUAUUGAUAUUAGAGAAUCAAGUAUACCACCAAUUGUACAUGUUCCUCCAAAAAAGAAAUACAGCGAUGCUGAUAUAGUACUUUCCAAAGAUUGGGUACCGCCAAUCACAAUUGGAGCAACCAAUUUGAGUUAUACCAGUGAACCUACAGAUAGUCCUGCGAGAAAGAAGACGAACUCGGUGUCAUUUAGUUUGGAUUCUAGCUCGGAGCUCGACCCUGGCCAACCUCCACUGUCAACUAGUUACUCUGAGUCAAAGGAAGAUGUAGAUAAGGCUGAUAGUAGAAAAAAUAAGAUGUUAAAAAGACUGUCAUAUCCCUUGUCUUGGGUCGAAACUACUCUCAGCGGAGACAAAGAUGAAGAUAAACCUCCUAGUCAACCCCAUUCAGCAGCUGACGUUCAACAUUCUUCAGUUUUCUCAAAAGUAUUUUCAAGCUCACCGAUUCAUCUCGUGGACUUCGGCACGGGGUUGUUUCACAAGACCCCGUCAGAGGACAGCGGGUCCGGCGGCUCAGCAGGACCACACUCCGGAGGCAGUGGCAGUGGCGGUCCACUAACAGGCGACUCGACUUCUAGCAGCUUUUUCCCCACUAACAUAAUCAGUUCGGUGGGAGCUAUGGGUGCGCAGGUUGGUGCUUCGGUCGGAGCGAUGGGUGCGCAAGUGGGCGCUUCAGUUGGAGCUAUGGGCGCACAAGUCGGCGCGUCAGUUGGAGCUAUGGGGGCUACGGUGGGCGCUAUGGGAGCUCAAGUUGGUGCUUCGGUUGGCGCCGUAGGGCGUUCAUCGGUGGGAACUUUCAUGAGACAACCGACAGAAAGUAGCUCAAAAUCAAAAACCCCUGCACCAAAACUGGAUUACAGAUCGAUGGUAUCUGUGGAAGAUAUGCCAGAAUUAUUCGUUUCGUUCGAUAAAUUGAUCCCGAGGCCGGCGAGAUCUUGCGACGACCCUCCGCUAUAUCUGCGAUUGAGAAUGGGCAAACCACUCAACAAAGUUAUACCCAGGUCUACGCCUCUGAUGUCGUACGGGAAGAAGAAGAUGAGGCCCGAAUACUGGUUCAGCGUCCCGAAGAAUAGAAUAGACGAACUCUACAAAUUCAUUCAGGGAUGGGUGCCUCAUUUGUAUGGUGAAUUGGAUGAAGAAAAGGUCAAGGAAAGAGGAUUCUCCUUGGUGGAGAUGGACACGGAGCUAUGGAGUGAAGAGCCGACACCAUCUGCUAGUCGCCAUGGAAGCCAAGACGGGGAAAUUACCGAAUUAACCAAAGAAAGCUGGGAGGUAUUGCCGAUGUCAGAAGAACUGCGGCGAGCAUUCUAUUCGUCGUCAGCUGCACCUUCUUUAGAUAUAGAACUUACCCCACCAGACCUAAUCGGUACGACAGAAAUCCUUAAGGACCACCACAGGGAACACCUUUGUAGGCAUUUACCGGCCAGGGCGGAAGGCUACGCUUGGACGUUAAUAUUUAGUACCAGUCAACACGGUUUCAGUUUAAAUUCCAUGUAUAGGAAAAUGUUCAAACUCGAGUCACCUAUACUCAUGGUUAUAGAAGACACAGACAAUAAUGUAUUUGGUGCUCUGACCUCAUGUGCCCUUUCCGUAUCUGACCAUUUCUACGGCACCGGCGAAUCUCUGCUAUUUUCCUUCACGCCUGAUUUCAAAGUAUUCAACUGGACGGGAGAAAACUUGUACUUCAUCAAAGGCAACAACGAAAGUAUCAGCAUUGGCGCCGGCGAUGGUAAAUUUGGGCUCUGGCUCGAUGGCGACCUCUACAUUGGCAGGUCCGAGUCCUGCCAGACAUACGGGAACGAUCCGCUUACGCCUAAAAUUGACUUCGUAGUGAAGACGCUUGAAUGUUGGGCGUUUAUUUCGAGUUAAUUUGUGAUCGAGUCAGGAGGAGAGAAACUCGUGUUAAACAGUGGUGCAUAUCAAGAAGGCGUGAAAAACAAUAUUUUUACAAACUAAUAAAGAUUUAAAAUUAGCCGGAGCUUUAGUCGUAGAACCAGAGAGUAACACAACUGCACAACUGUUGGAAACAAACAAACAAAAACAUCUAUAUAACAGAGAAACAAUAUUGAAAAAAAAAACAUAAUGAAGAGAUAUUUAUUGUAGAGGUAACGGCUGCCGUACAGUUAUUAUAUGGCUCGUUAAAAUUAGUUUUUUAUGAAUAAUGUUAUUGAAAAAUUGUUAAAAAACGAUUAAUAUACAUUGUACGCUUAUAUAGCUCAUCAAUUGUCGGCACCAGCAAAAUUACCUGAAACGGUAACUAAUAAAUACCUUUAUUUUUAUUAAAUGAAAGUUAUGUAUAUCUAUAAAGAACUUGUUUCCUCUUGUGUAUUAUGCAAUGUAUAUUAUAAUAUAUUCAUUACGGAUUUUUUUAUAGACCAGAGAGGUUACAGUCAUAAAUAUUAUAGCAUAUACAGACCGUUUAGUGUUUGAUCAGAUAUAGCCCACUGAAGUAAGCGCUAAAACCGGCAACAUUGCUUAUGAGCAUGAGUUGCAUUGCCACUGUAGAAUGACGAAUGACUGAAUGAAUCGGCGCGAAUCAGGUGCAUUCAGUGGGCUAUGGGGAAGCGGUGUUCCCAUUUAUAGCGAGUAUAUCUAAUUUAAAACUAAACAAUCUGUAUAUUUGAUUCCUUCAGGUAUUCCAAAUAACCAUCAGGUAUUUAUAAAGUGCGUAUUUCGACACUUCUUUAAUUUUACUUCCCCGUUUGCUUAGUUAUUGAAGCAAUAAUUACACGUGUUAAAAAAUGCAUGUACAGAAAUAAUUUUUGUAAGUUUCUUGUUUUUUUAACAGUGAAAUGAAGUAAUAGAUGACGUUAUAGAUACACAGGGUGUUCCAAAAUUUAUUUUAGUACAUUUGUUAUUAUUAUUUGCCUGAACAAUUCUUUCUCUGUUCAUUUUUAUGUUGUUUUAAUUAAACUGUUGGUUCUUAAUGGCAUUUGGUAUUUACUUUGAGAAGGCAUAUGUAUGUCAUGUGCGAAUUCUUAAUCUUUCAAUACCAAGAAAGUAUUCCACUCUAUUUUAUUAAUGGGUUUGUUUGUUGUUCCUCAUCUUCGCCUCUUUCUCUCUUCAGUCCUGAAUCCUGGAAGGUCGAUCCAUCUUGUUGGGGAUCUUCCUCGUGAUCUUCGGCCUUCUAUAUUUUCUUGAAUAAUAAGUGUUUCUAUGGUUUCGGUGUCUGCUUGCUGGAGAGAACUAUGAUCAAUGAUCCUAGAUAUAAGUAUUAGGUCACAUCCUCAAACAGGUCAACCGUGGUUAUGUGUGGAUGGUUGUUAUGUAGUUUACCUAUUAUCACGAUCUUUGUUUUUGAUAUGUUUAACUGCAGACCAAAUAUUUGAGUUUCGUUUUCAACUUUCAACUAGUCGCAUGAUAUCAAUUAACUUGUCUUGACUAUUUGCAAAACGUAGGUUGUUUAUUUUUCAGCCCUUUAUUGAGAUGCUCUUUUCCCAUCUUUCAAGCCCUCUUCUCUUCUCAUUUCUUCGCCUAGUCAAUGACAAUUAGGAUAAAUAUACACAGCCGUGUGGUACAUCGAAUUGUAGAUAUGAUUGAUUUAGUCUUCCAUGUUGCUCAAUACUAAUAAUUGUUGUAGAUCGGUUUAAAAUAAAUUGGAACAUCCUUAAUCGUAAUCCCAUUGGAUAUUAUUUAAUGAGAGAGUUAAAGUAUAUAUAUUUAUGUAUUUGUGAUGUAAAUAACACGAAAGUUGUUAAAAAAGGCUAUUGAACUUGUAAAAAGUUAGUGAGGCUGUAACAUUUUAGGCUGUGACCUCUCAUUAUAUAUAUGUGUAUAAUUUUUUGUAAAUUCUUUUAUUCGAUCUUAAUUUAGAAGUACAAAAUAUUUAGCAGAGUAACUAAUUUUACUAGGCGUAGUAGGUACUAGAAUUUUAUACAGUGAGUGCAAAAAUUAACGUAUUUUUGUAAUUUUGAUAGGUGUACAAAAAAAUUUUUGAAUUUUUUUUCGAAAUAUAUCGGGCAUCGAAAUAUUGGCAACUUAUGUUAGUUUUUGUACACAUUGUAUAGCCCGUCUUUAGUUUUAACACUUAAAUUUUUAUAUUACUGUAUUAUGUACAUAAUGAUAUUCACAAAGAACUGUCAAAAUUCAUUUACAUGAUACGUCGAAGCAGAAACUUUACCAAAGAUAUAACCCUGUGGUGUACCAAUAUUUUUAACGUAAAUUAUCGCGAUUUUAAUAUUGAUCUAAAUGCAUUUUGACAGGUUUUUCUAUUUACUUAUUUAUGGAAGAAUAUUCCCAAAAAAAUUACAAAAAAAGUAAAAUAUAUACCUACAGGGCGGCCAAUGUUCUAACCUCAAAGGUUUGUGUUUAGGUGGAAAUUGGUAUAGUGUUGGCAGUUUGUGGUGUCGCAAUACAUGGGAUGUAGUUGUCUUCAGAAAAUGGAUUUCAAGGAACUACACUUUAUGUUGACGUAGAUAUAGAUACGUGUAUAUACAGGGUGUUAGUAAAUAAGUAUGAAAAACUUUAAGGGGUAAUUCUACAUGAAAAAAUAAUGACAGUUUGCUCUAUAAACGUAUGUCCGCAAAUGCUUCGUUUCCAAGAUAUUUUUUUUUGUUGAAAUUUUUUUUUCAAACUGCGAAUUUUUUUAUUGCUCUAAGUCCUUUUAAAAUUAAAAUUAAAAUUAAUUAAUUAAAUAAUUAAAAUUCAAAGUAAAUAAAUUAAAAAUUAUAUUUGGUGUUUUUCAAGAGGUAGUUAUUGCGCAUUUUUGACAAACAAAUAACAAUUUUAUAUUUUUUUAAAGAAAAAAAUAGUACGCCACUGAGAUAUUUCAAAUUAAAAAUUAUUUUUGUAUUCCACGUUUAAUUUAUGAUAAAGAACCAUUCUUGUGUUUUUUCAUAUGGUGCACCGUUUUUAUGCAAAAAAUACACCUUCGCGCGUAUUUUUCAUUUCGUAAUACAUUAUCAAGAACUCUCCAAUAUAAUAAUGCCAAACUAGAACAAUAACAGAAAAUAUUUCUAAAAAGAUUUUAACUAUGUGCAAGGCUACAACAAAUGUUCAAAAUUACCUCCUUUAAAGGUGACAGAGUAAUUUUAUAUUCACCAUUGGCGCGCGUACGGGUAAUGUUCCAAAUUUUUUAAAGAAAAAAAUAGUACGCCACUGAGUUAUGUCAAAUUAAAAAUCAUUUUUGAAUUCCUCGUUCAAUUUACGACAAAAAAUCGUUUUUGUCUUUUUUCAUAUGAGGCGCCGUUUUUAUGCAAAAAAAUAAAAUAUCUUGACGUUUACAAAGUAUUUGAAAUAAGUUUCUAUGCAUAUGGAAUCUGCCUCGAAUAAUUUGUAAGAGUUAAGAUGUUUUAUUUUUUUGUAUAAAAACGGCGCCGCAUAUGAAAAAAAGACAAGAAUGAUUUUUUGUCGUAAAUUGAACGAGGAAUUCAAAAUGAUUUUUAAUUUGACGUUUCUCAAUGGCGUACUAUUUUUUUUUUCUUUAAAAAAUUCAGACCAUUACCUGUACGGGCGCCAAUGGUGAAUAUACAAUUAUUCUGUCACCUUUAAAGGAGGUAAUUUUGAACAUUUGUUGUAGCUUUGCACCUAGUUAAAAUCUUUUUAGUAAUAUUUUCUGUUAUUGUUCUACUUUGGUCUUAUUAUAUUGGAUAGGUCUUGAAAUGUAUUAAGAAAUGAAAAAUACGCUCGAAGAUGUUUUAUUUUUUCGCAUAAAAACGGUGCACCAUAGGAAAAGAAUACAAGAAAGGUUCUUUUUCAUAAAUUAAACGUGGAAUACAAAAAUAAUUUUUAAUUUGAAAUAUAUCAGUGGCGUACCAUUUUUUUCUUUAAAAAAAUUCAGACCAUUACCCGUAGGCGCGCCAAUGAUGAAUAUAAAAUUGUUAUUUGUUUGCCAAAAAAUGCGCAAUAACUACCUCUCGAAACCCACCAAAUGUAAUUUUCAUAUCUCAACCGGUCUUAGAGCAAUAAAAAAUUGGCAGUUUGAAAUAAAAAUUUCAACACCCCGUAUCUCGCAAACGAAACAUUUGCGGACAUACGUUUAUAGAGCAAACUGCCAUUAUUUUUUCAUGUAGAAUUAUCCCUUAAAGUUUUUCAUACUUAUUUACUAACACCCUGUAUAGGUUGUUUAACAUAUUUCCUACAAUGAUACCUUGACCAAAGUACCAAAUACCAGCAUCUGAAUUUGCAGUAUUUCUCGUUCUUCUUCUUUUUCAUUGCCAUAUUAGGACCGCCUAAUGUUAGAAACUACAUUGGCGAGUUGUUCACAGUCUUCAGCUAAUUGGAAUAGUUGUUCGGCACUGCGUAUUCCUGUCAAUUGCGAAUGUUCUUUGAUCAUGCCAUUUCACACAACUUUGUUGGUCUGCAUCGCUGUCCAGUGUCCAGGGUAUUCGUCUAAGCAGCCACAUUUCGAACACCUCUAGGUUAUUGAUCGUAUCAGUCUUCAGAGUCCAGGUCUCAAUGCCAUAUAACAACACCGACCAAUUUGGGCUUCGAAACGUUAAUAAAAUUAUUUUUUCAAUUUAAUUGUGGCUUAUUUCCCAUCUAAAUAGUUAAUCAAUAUUGGUGACAUAUCACAACCCUCUUGGUGACAUAUCGCCACGUUUAACUUUAUUUGGAUAUUUUUGAAUUUUCUGUCAAAAUAAGCCUUCUGUCAUUUUCACACAAACACUGCACGGGGUAUUCACAUAACUCAGGUACGCUCUGUACCAUAGACAUAAUAAGAAUAGACAAGGCGUACUGAGCAAAAUAGAGUAACGCGCGGGCAGUCGAUCGAUGGUCUAUAUAUCUCUUUUUACCAAGCGAUCCCGCGAAUGUGACAGACAAAGAUGGCUAGACGGUCCUCGACACGGUUCUUAGACAUUUACUAUGGUUGCCUACUCCGACUAACCAAUGAACAUUAAGCCCGCGAAUACGUCACGAGAGUAUAGUAAUUUGAAUCGUAAUAUUUGAAUAUGUAUCGGUAUUUUUAUGUCUUUGAUGUAUGGAAAAUAGUAAAGCUAGUUGUGAAAUAAAGAUGUUUAGUGGGUUAUAAUACCUAAUUAUGGAAAACUGUUGUAUAUGAGUAGUUUGGUACUUAAAAUUAAUCAGGACCAGUUGUUCACAUAUAUUAUAAGAAUAUAAAUAACAUGUACUUAAUAAAUUUCGUUACACUACAGCCUGUACCUGGCAUUCUAAAAUUUCAUCAUCAUGAUUAUUACGUUAAUACAUAAUGAAAUUUUAACGUUUUAAUCUACCUUGUAAAUAUAUAUUCUUAUUUAAGAUCCUGCAAUAGGUACGAUGUACAAUUAUAAUAAAUAACUUUUCAUAGAUAAUAAUUCAAAAUAAGUUUUUACUGGAAACAACACCAAAAUUUCAAAUACAAAAAUAUAAAGUAAACUGGGAUAUAUAAGAUAAAUAAUAACACAAAUAAUACAUAUACAUACACAACAAUACACAUUCAAAGAUCGAAGAUCAUUACCGCAACAAAUUUAAAAAUGGGUUUCUGUACUCUUGUGACGUAAGUCUCUCCACCACAGUCGGAGUAGGCAACCGUAGUAAAUGUCUAAGAACCUUGACACCUCGAUGCACAGAGCGGCCCAUACCUUACCUAAUCUAUUCUUAUUAUGUCUAUGCUCUGUACACUAGUUUAAAUAUAUAAAGAUUUUGACAUAUGUAUAAAGCAAAAUGUCGAACUCAACAAUGAUAAAAAAUUGCAUUCAGGUAAUUUUGCCAUAAAGAUAAUAAAGUAUUUUUUGAAAGAGAUUACUUAUGCAGAUCAAUGUAGCUUUGAUUUUUUACGUUCCAAAAUAUGGAAUUUUAGUUUACCUAGUCAUUUUUUUGUAUUCUGGUAACCAGAUGGUUGGAAGAGUGUAUGUGUAAAUAUGAAUGUGUACCAUAGAGUCUAUUCUGUGUUGUUCGGUACUAAGUUUUAGGGUUGUGGGCAAAAGGGAAAAAAUAUUCUUUUUCAUUUCGGUUAUUGCUGGAAAAAAUUAGUAAAAAGAAUUUAUGAUGUAUCGUAUGAUGUAGUUUUUUUAACAAUCAUCCCAAUUAUCGUUUAAAAGUAUCAAAUAAUCUUAAAUCUUCUAGUUAUAUAUAGCAUUUUUCCUACAAGUUCUAUUGCACGUCAUUAAUCAGUUGUAGUUGUGUACAAUCAAGGUCGUACAUCGUUGCCAGAUUGUUGUGGUAGUAAUAAGAUGAAAAGAAUUUUAAAAUAAAAAAAUACAAGCAUAUUAUAUCGUAGGAGAAACUUUUUUGCAAGUCCAUUUUUUGUUGGAAGUACCAUUAGAUAAAUAUAUCUAAUAAUGUUGUUACUGGUUCGAGGCAUACUAAAAAAGUAUUCUGGGAUACCAAUACAAUGUAAUUUUGUAUCUACGAAGUGAUUUGACAUUAAUUUAGUUUAGUAAGUAAAAAAAUGUCCAGGUUAAUGCAGUUGUUUUUUAAAUUUUUUUCCUUCUGAAACAUAAUUUUGGUCAAGUUUCUUAAAAUGUGAAGUUUUGGCCAAGACCUGAUCGUUCAAGUCAUUUUUCUUUUAGUUUCAACCUUCCAAAACUCUUCAACCUUCAAUACAAUAAUUCUUAAAGUAUCAUUGAUUGAAAGCAUCUCUGUCCGACGUCUCUUUGUUUGUAUCAUUCGUCGGUUAAUCUCAUAUUCACCAGUACAACUGAUUUCUGCUUCCAAUAUAAGUUUUCAAUGAUACGUAGGUCUCUACCAUCAAUGACCAUCAGUGCAUUCGAUUCUUAAUAAUGUUCAAAAGCGUUUAAUGCUGUACCCUAUCAAAAGCCUUCUUGUAAUCGAUGACAGCCACAUAAAUAUCUUUAUGUUGGUGGUAGCAUUUUUGUGGAGCACAUCGAGCCAAAAACUGCCUUACGUGUAUCCGGCGCAUUUCUAAAUCCAAACUGGUUUUUAUUUAGAUAUAUUUCGCAAUAAAUAAUGCGAAGAAAAAUUUUCAAGCUCAUCAAGACUAAUUAAACUAUAUUCGUCGCAUGUUUUUGCCCGCUGCUUCUUUGGAAUUGCUAUAAAAACAGACUUAAUAGAUUAUUACCAUAUAAGGAAUUUCACCAGUAUUAUACACAUCAUUAAAAAGCUUAAUUGCUUUUUAGCUCAGUAGUUGAUAUGUUGUCUGUUCCAGGUUCCAGUUUCUUUCUUGGGUUUGGCUGAGUUUAUUGCAUAAAGAACUUCAAAUAUUCAAAUUUCCUUAUUGACAUAAAUUGCUCUAUAUAUUUGGCCUGUCAUCUUGGAACAUUUCACUUAUUACUCCACUACGCAACGAUACAACUUGAAAAUGAUUUUUCUGAAGCUAUUUCCUUGUGGCAUUUUUAUAAUUAACUAUUUAGAUGGGAAAUAAGCCACAAUUAAAUUGAAAAAAAUAAUUUUAUUAACGUUUCGACGCCCAAAUCGGGUGUCGUUGUCAAAAUACAAAAUACUACUAAAUUAAACAAAAAUGUUGCCUAGUAAAAAAUUCUUCUAAUAGUAUAUUUAAUCUGACUCAUUUAUAUCGGCAAUUCAGACAUAUAUUAUACAUUUUAAAGUAGAAGACUUUAAAAUGAUAUUGUCAAUAUUUAUGAGUUGCGUUCCUGGGACGACUUUACUGAAAGAUAGUUCAUUCGAUUACAUGAAAUCACCCCAACCCAAGAAUAUCCGUCACAAAAAUAUCAUAGCAUGUGGUCUGUCUUUAAAAAGACAACCAAGUGCAAGGGUGACAGUAAAAUUCUCGCGUUAGAGAUUCCAUAGUAAAUCACGAGGGAAAACGAAUGAACUAUCUUUCAGUAAAGUCGUCCCAGGAACGCAACUCAUAAAUAUUGGCAAUAUCAUUUUAAAGUCUUCUAAUUUAAAAUGUAUAUGUCUGAAUUGCCGAUAUAAAUAAGUCAGAUUAAAUAAAUUAUUCGAAGAAUUUUUUACUAAGUAACAACAUUUUUGUUUAAUUUAGUAGUAUUUUGCAUUUUGACAACGACACCCGAUUUGGGCGACGAAACGUUAAUAAAAUUAUUUUUUUCAAUUUAAUUGUGGCUUAUUUCCCAUCUAAUCUAAAUAGUUAAUUACGAAAAUGAUUUAUCAUGAUAUUUAGUUACUAUGUGAUUACCAUGAUGUUCUCUUUUCUUUUAUAAAAUUGCUUAAAACAAAAUGUACAUCAAUGCUUAUUAAUCGUGUGCAUAUCAUACUAGAAAUUAAACCAACAACGACCAAAUAAUUAUUAGACUGAUAUUAAAGUUAGUUCGAAAAAUUCGGCUAACGUAUUAAAGGUGGCAUUUCAUAAAAUUAAUACAACACAUAUUUGAAACGACUGGUUUGAGUUGGUCGCUUGAACGUACCUAACAACAAAGGAUAGACUCGAAAUUGUUACUUUGCUUUGGUCGCAUAGCUUACAACGAAUGACUGUUUAUAGUAUAGUUAGGAGAACCACUCACUUGAUCAAGUCAAUUCGUGGUUUUAAUAAGUGUUUUUUAAGUAAGUUUUUAAUUUAAAGUGUUAUAUAUAUUAAAAUUUAAUGAAUCAAUAAAGUUUUCAGUAGUA